CCUAAGAAGAAGAAUAAGAAGAGGAGAAAGAAAACGCGGUUUUCUGGUUUUACAAUACCCAUACAAUAAAAUACAAUACCCAAAGUCACAACGCUCUCUGACUCUCAUUAUCAUCCUUGACUUUGACUCUUUCUUCGCCAUUGCUAGUCCAACUCAUCCACCCUCAUCUUCUUCCUCUCAAAUUCCCUAACCACAAACACCUCCAUUCACCUCUCUCUCUCUCUCUCUUUUGUCUUAAGUAACCUCUUUGGUGGAAAUCAUUUUCGCUCUGGGCCCGAAAUGGGUUGCUAUUCCAGCAAAAACGCAGACUCGAAAGCGAGUAGGCUCAAUCGAUGGCGAUCCACUGGUAUUGUCGCUCUGCGUGACUCCAAAUUGAAGACAUUGCCAGAAGAAGUCCUCAAUUUGGAAAGAUCUGUACGAACUCUUGAUUUAACGCACAACAAGAUAGUUGACAUUCCCUUGGAUAUUUGCAAACUAAUAAACAUGCAGCGACUGGUUUUAGCUGAUAAUCUUAUUCAGUGUCUACCAAUAAAUUUGGGGAAACUACAGUCUUUAAAAGUUAUGACACUUGAUGGAAAUCGAAUUUCUUCCUUGCCUGAUGAAUUUGGGCAGCUAGUGAGGCUUGAAAGGCUGUCCAUAUCAAGGAACUCCUUAGAAUGUUUGCCUGAAACUAUUGGCAGCUUGCGAAAUUUGCAACUUUUAGAUGUCUCAAAUAACAAGUUAAAGUCUCUUCCGGAAUCAAUUGGGAGCUGCUUUUCUUUGGAAGAACUACAAGCAAAUGAUAACCUUAUUGAAGAUCUUCCUGAUUCUAUCUGCAAUCUCACCCACUUAAAGUCACUUUCCUUGAACAAUAAUAAUGUGAAGCAGAUACCAACAAAUAUAUUGGAAGACUGUAAAGCACUGCAGAAUCUCUCCCUUCAUGGCAACCCUAUUUCAAUGGAUCAGUUUCAGCAGAUGGAAGGAUUCCAAGAGUUUGAAGCUAGGAGGAGGAAGAAGUUUGACAAGCAAAUUGAUUCAAAUGUGAUGAUAAGCUCCAAAGGGCUUGAUGAGGGUGUCGAUCUUUGAGAGUUACUCCUUCAAAUUACUAUCGAACAACAGAUGUUGAACAGUCCAUAGCUAUCUAAAAUGCCAGAAAGCAGUAUUACUUAUUCUGUUGAUUCAGAUGAACUUUUGAUGUAAUUUGGAAGAGAGAACAUUGUUAUACAUGGUUCCUUGUUAUAUGAUAAAUUCCAUUGCAUUGUACAUGUCCAAAUAAGCUGUAUAUUAAAAAAAUAUUAAAAACUGAUUGAGAUUUAUUCAGUGAUGCUAUUUUUAAAUGGUUAUGUACACAGAACACUGAGUGUAUAAUAGUCAACUUUCUCCUAGUUUGAUUCUA